AUGCAGAGAGCCUGGGGUUUGCAUCGUGAAGCACAGUUUAGGGAUAUGGGCUCUAAUAUUUUCAUUGUGCAUUUUGGAAGCGAGGGUGAUUACAAGCAUGCUUUGAACAACGGCCCGUGGCAAUUCGAUUUCAGUGUUUUGAUCUUAAAAGAGUACAAGAGGAAGACGAGGCCUUCUGAGAUGAUAUUUGAUACGGUGGAUAUUUGGGUUAGGGUUAUUGAUCUCCCGCCGAACAAGAGGACAGAGGUGUUUGGAAAGGCUUUGGGAAAUUGGCUUGGUGAGGUUGUGAAGGUGGAUGUGGAUGUAGAUGGCUUUGCAUGA